AUGGGAUUCUUAAUAAAGAUUCUUAUUCUUCUCUCUUUUGUUGGUAUAUCACGAGCGUCGAUAUGCCCAUUAGUUUUUGCUCAGAAAUAUUUCGACGUGACUAAAUAUGCCGGUCUUUGGUAUGAAGCCUAUCGACAUGAUAUUAAUGAAGAAGACGUCACAUGUAUCAAUGGAACAUAUACGGCUCAGGCUAAUGGAACAAUGGGUGUAUUGAGCCAGGGUCUAAAAAAACUCACUGGUUACUAUAGCCACCAAGGUGUAGCUACACCCAAGGCAUCUUCAGAUCCAGCUGCUUUUCUGAUCCAUUAUAAAAAUCCGACUCAAACGGUGAAGUAUGAUGUGAUUGCAACUGACUACGAAAAUUAUUCAGUGGUGUAUUCCUGUGAUUACUUUCCUAUAAUAGGCCUUCGAUUCGAACAUAUAUGGUUUCUCUCUCGAAAUAAAACUUUGCCAGAUUCAACAGUUGAAGCACUCAAAAAGAUUCUAAGAGACAAGCUUAUCGAAACGAGUGGCAUCAAUCCAACACCACAAAACUGUUGA